AUGGCGAACACUUUGCCAGAAUCUGCUCUCAUCACAACAUCCCAGUUGAUCGGCUUCAUAAUGUACAUCAUCAUUUUCACGCCCAUGAUGUUCAUUCGUCCUUCGAGAAUGCAGCCGAUUCUAUUCGCAUCGUUCUUCAUGGUGGCAACCACGAUCUUUGGGAUCUUCGUCUGGACUGUGGCUUCAAAUGGUGGUGCUCCCGUUCCAGCCCCAUUAAAGUCGAUUUCGAGCAGCGAACGCUCACAAUCCGACUGGACUCGUUAUGCCAAAACUCGCCGUGCUCCGGUGCUCAACCAACUCUUUGGAGCGCCGCUCACAAUCACCAUCUGCGCCACUUUAGGAGUCUUCGCUACCAGUGCUGUAAAGCAGAUGUACGGGAAAGCCAUAUGGAAUCCCAUCUCUCUUUUCGAAUUUCUCCUAAGCGACAAUUACAACGCCGCGACGCGUGCUGGCUGUUUCUUUGCUGGGCUGGGCUGGGCUUCUUCUACCAACCUAGUGCAGAACUCCGUAGCGGCAUCAAUGGACCUGGCGUCUAUGGCUCCAAAGUGGAUAGAUGUAUCGCGCGGGGGCUUGCUUAUGUGCGUCAUCGGGUACGUGACCAACCCCUGGCGAUUUGUGAACGGCCCAGGAACAUUCAUUGUAGUGUUGAAUUCUUUCGGCAUGUUCGUCUCGCCUUUAGCGGGUAUCAACAUUAUCCGUAAGCUCAACUGGAAGGUCCCGGAUCUAUAUGUCGGCAACAAAUCAAGUAUCUACUGGUUUACCGGAGGCCUGAACUGGCGCGCCUUUCUUGCGUGGACAUUGGCUAUAUGGGCUUCUUUCCCCGGAUUUAUUCACGCGACUGCUGGCACAGAGGUAGCACUUGGGUGGACUCGUACGUUCCAGGUCACCUGGAUAGUUGGGUUCAUGGGUGGAGGUGCCAUGUACUGGCUCAUCUGCACAAUCUCCCCUCCACCUGGAGCGCCAUACGUCACCGACUGUAUGGACGAAAACAUCACGGUAGAAGGCGUGGCACCACGUACUAUAGACUACGAGAACAAAAGCGGCGCAUCUUCAGCACAGGUAGUCGACGAAGAGAUGGGCAAGAAAGCAUAG